AUGGUGAGAAUUAAAGUCCACGAAGGGGUGUUGGAGGGAAGUAAAGUGGAUAACGUUUACGGCAAGCCCUAUUUUAGUUUCAAAGGUAUUCCUUACGCUGAGCCUCCUGUUGGCGAUUUGAGAUUUAAGGGGCCAAAACCUAAAACGCCAUGGACUGGAGUUCGUGAGGCAAAAGAGCACGGCCCUGAAAGCUGUCAAUAUGAUCUUUUGUCAACACAAUCUGCGAAAUUCAAAGGUGAAGAAAAUUGCCUAUAUCUAAACGUAUAUACUCCUAAUAUUGAACCAGCGGAUCCACUUCCCGUCAUGGUGUACAUUCAUGGUGGUGGGUUUAAUAGCGGCAGUGGAAAUUCCGAUCAAUAUGAACCCGAAUUUCUGAUUAAACAUAAUGUCAUUCUGGUGACGAUAAAUUAUCGUCUAGACAUACUUGGAUUCCUAUGUCUAGAUACCGAAGAUAUUCCUGGGAACGCGGGAAUGAAAGACCAAGUUGCUGCACUCAGGUGGGUGCAGAAUAACAUAAGCUACUUUGGAGGUGAUCCUGAGAACGUAACUAUUUUUGGCGAAAGUGCUGGAGCCGCCAGUGUAUCUGCGCACUUAGUUUCGCCGAUGACUAAAGGACUUUUCAAAAGAGCCAUCAUGCAAAGUGGGACAUCUCUGUGUCCAUGGGUACAAACAUAUGGAGCCCGUGAUAGGGCUAUCCUACUUGCUAGAGAGUUAGGAUGCGAAUGCAAGAAUGAUAAGGAGAUAUUCGAAUUUUACAAAAAUCAACCAGCCGAAGACCUGGUUAAUAAAAAGGUCCCAAUAAAUUUUACCGAAGCUGCUAAACUAACCUCAGACAUUUACUUCGGCCCAGUUGCAGAAAAAAAAAUCCAGGGUCAAGAAUGUUUCAUUGAAGGCGACUUAUUUGAUCUUAUGCAAAACGGCAUUCAUGAAGGGAUAGAAAUUAUAAAUGGGUACACAGAGGAUGAAGGCAUCAUCUAUUUUGAGAGUUGCAAUGCUGAUAGGAUGUUUGAACAAGUCAAUCAAUUUGUACAAUUCCUUGUGCCCGACGACAUAGUGAACCAUGUUCCCGUUGACCAACAAAUGAUCCUUGGCAAAAAAAUGAAAAAGUUUUAUUUUAAUGAUCAAUUUGUGAACAAGGAACAUCAUUUUGAUGAAUUCCUGAAAUUCUUGAAAGUGGAUAUAAAAUCCAAAACCUACAAAAUGAUUGAACAAAUUACCAAAUUGUGGACAAAUUUUGCAAAAUAUGGGAACCCCACGCCUGAUGAUAGUUUAGGGGCACAAUGGCUCCCGUAUACGGCUGAACAAAAGCAUUAUUUGGACAUUGGAGAGGAACUCACUCCCGGUACGUCUCCGGAUGAAGAGCAGAUGAUGUUCUGGGAAGAAAUAUAUAGAGAGUACUGCCCGCAAAAAUUGUGGUAA